AUGGUGAGAAAAAGGCAUUCCUUGGAUGAGACUGUUUUUCAUUAUGAGAAUCAGAACAGCUUCCAAAAGCCCAGUGAUGAUUCUCCACUCAGCCUUACAGAUAGCAUCGGAUCAGUGUUUAUGAGUUCAGAUGGAGAAUAUGGUGCAGAGGAAAAAAAGAAGGCUGGAAAAUCACCCAGCCUAUUGCCACAGAUCCCUACUAGUGAGGCUGAAUGUUUUGAUGACCGGAAAAAAGCCGGCGCCACUAGGACAAAGAUCAGUGUGGACAGCCCCCUCCUGACAGCAGAUAUCAAGAGUGACUCCAAGAUUGAAAGGAAAAAACAUGCCUCAAAUCAGUUCAAGGCAAAUGCUCACUAUCACAAGCUAUUUCUGGAUGUCCCAACUGCAGAGCCACUGAAGCAAAGUUUUACCUGCGCUCUACAGAAAGAAAUUCUGUACCAAGGAAAGUUAUUUAUAUCUGAAAACUGGAUUUGUUUCCAUUCCAAGGUCUUUGGUAAAGACACCAAGAUUAGUAUUCCUGUGCUCUCGGUAAAACUAAUAAAGAAAACCAAAACUGCCCUUCUGGUGCCAAAUGCUCUGGUCAUAGCAACAGUCACUGACCGGUUCAUAUUUGUCUCCUUGCUCUCUAGAGACACAACCUACAAGCUAUUAAAAUCUGUCUGUAGCCACUUAGAGGAUAUAAGUGUUGGCAACAGUCCCAAUCCUUCUUCCGCCGAAAACAGCUUCAGGGCCGAUCGCCCUAUGACCCUGCCUUUGGAUUUCAGUGAAGACUUCUCAGAUUUGGAUGGUAUAGUGCACCAUCGGAGACAAGAGUUGGAAGAGUCUAGCAGUACUGGCUCUCAGACCCCUGAAUCGGAACACUUCCAAGAUUACCACGUCAUUGAGACCCAGACUCAUCUGAAAGUUUCCAAGGCAGAAGCAAAGUCUAUCCAUACAGACAUACUCAGUAAACAUAUGCCUGAAGGAACAGGCAGGAACAUUCCCAGAAAUGGCCAGGCUGGAGCCUUUGGAUUCUUCCACAGAGUGAAGUCCCACAGAUUUUUGUCUCUGAACCACAUACUUGUUUUCUAUGCAGUUCUUGUCUGUGUCCUAGUCUUUUCUACCUUCUACAUGAGAUAUAAAAUCAAUGUUCUGGAGGAACGGCUAGUCUCCAUGGCUUCCUUUGUUGACUCCCAUAUUAAUGACCAACCAGUGCAACAAGGCCUGGGAUCCCAUCUGCAAAUUAAUGCUGAUGCCCUCUGUGGUGAACUAACAGCUAACCUCAUAAAAUUGGAAAAGAUACAAAACAACUUACAAAGACUACUUGAAGAUGGUGACUGA